AUGGUUUCCUUCCACCACCCGGCUCUUCCACUCGCAGCUCUCGCCGUGCUCGUUGCUGUUGCGCAUGGCGCAACCCUGCAGUUAGGACGAACGACGCUCACUGGCCUAGACAUCCCCACCUUUGGCCAGGAGUUGUUUGGUGGUAUCCCUUUUGCGGAGCCUCCUCUCGCGGAGAAGCGAUUCCUUCCGCCCAUACUCAAAACGACGCUCUCGGAAAAGACCUUCGACGCGUCGAAAUUCGGACCUGCGUGUCUUCAGGCUGGUACGGCGCAAGGUGCCAUGUCAGAGGACUGCUUGACAAUCAAUGUCCUCCGUCCGGCGGGCACGCCGUCGCAUGCUCGUCUACCCGUGAUGUUUUGGACCUACGGUGGCGGCUUUCAAGAAGGCCAAUCGAGCAUCUACAAUGGGAGCGCAAUCGUGGCCCAAAGUGUUCUGCGGGGCACGCCCGUCAUCUAUGUCAACUUCAAUUACCGUCUCGGGCCACUCGGCUUCCCACAAGGCCAUGAGGCGGACACCCGCGGAGCUCUCAAUCUCGGAAUGAAGGAUCAGCUCGCGGCGCUCGAGUGGGUGCAAGCCAACAUCGGCACGUUCGGCGGCGACAAAUCCAAGGUGAUGGUGUUUGGCGAGAGUGCCGGGGCAAUUAUGACCGCUCUUCUGUUCCUCAACUCGCCCAUUACACGGCUUGCUCGAGCAGCGAUCUUCGAAUCGGGGAGUCCAUCCACUUCGGCACUUUUCACGCCGGAAAGACGUGAGAUCAGCUGGCAGAACUUCGUUGGCGGUGUGCCGUCCUGUGCCGCUCUGACGAAAUCCCGAUCGACCUUUUCGUGCUUGCGCAAAGCGAGCUCAAACGAGAUCCUGGCGGGGUUCAAUGCAUCGAUAGCGCUCGCAGACGAGGAGUUUCCUUGGGACCCCGUGCUCGAUGGCCCCACCGGGCUCAUACCCGACUUGCCAUCUGUGUUGUUCAAGAGGGGACAUUUCGCGAAGCUCCCUUUCAUGGCAGGAACGAAUUUGGAUGAAGGUACUAUCUUUACCCCAACAAAUCUUCUCUCGCCGGAGGAACUCCAAGCGGAGAUCUCAUCGCUGUUCACACCCUCGGCUGCACCGGCCGUCCUUAACUCGUCCAUCGCCAAAGUACUGGAGCUAUACCCAGACAACCCAUCUCUUGGCUCCCCCUUUGGAACAGGCAACCAGACAUUUGGCCUCAGCCCCCAAUUCAAGCGUGCUGCCGCAAUCAUUGGCGACGUCGAUUUCCUCGCUCCUCGUCGACAAUGGGUGGCCGCCGCUGCAUCCCACGAGGUUCCCACCUUCGUGUACCACUUCACAGAACCCCAGCCGGAGGAUCCUCCCUCUUUUGGCGUUCCACACGGCUCCGAGAUACUCUGGGUUUACGGCGCCCCUGCUGAUCCUGCCCCGACAGCAGUCGCACUUAGCCGGAUUAUGACUGACUAUUGGAUCUCUUUUGCUACAAGUCUGACCCCGAACGAUGGGCUCGGGGUCCCCAAACCGGCGUGGACGCAAUGGACACCCAAGAAUAAGGCUGCGAUUCAACUUGAUGGUGCCAACUUGACUAUGGUUCCUGACAACUUCCGCGGUGCACAAACUGACUUUUUCAAUUCUGAUCCAACUAUCUGGCGUCAUUAG